GGGGGAAAUGGGCAGGGUGGACGCCCUGACCUCCAGCUAGGCUGAGGAGCAGAGAGCCCCCUCCCGUAGGCCUCAGAGCAGGGGCUGUGGUGGCUGCCGCACCCUGCUUGGUGGCCUCUGUUAGUUGCCAGGGAUGGGGAGGCCUGGGAGUUGCCUGCCUCUGGGAGGCUGGAAGAGGAGGCGGCAGAGGCUCUAGCAGACAGGCCACUCAGGGGCUCUGGGUGUGAUGGGGAGAGGCGGUUGCCCCCUGUGUGGCUCUAACAUGCUUUUUGAGGUCUACUCUGGGCUUGGCACCAUGCCAAGCUCAGGGACAACAGGGAAACAUAACCAUGUGAGGUGUGCACAGCACCGGGGGGCUUCCAAGGGUGGCUGGGGGCUGAGGCUUUUCUGCAGGCCCAGAGAAAGAGAUCCAGUUGGGGCAGAAAAGAGAUCCAAGCACGCUGCUACAGCCUGGCUUGACUCCAGGCCCCUUUGGCGCCCCCUGUAGGCACUAAGAGGUCCCCGUGGCACAAGGCGGGAGCCAAGAUAGGGCUUGGUCCUCAAGGCCCCUAAGCCCCCUCAUACUUCCUCUGCAGAAGCAGGUCCACAAGAGAGGGGGUCUCUGCUGGCCAUCUGGAAGUGCAGGAAGGGAGCUGGGGAUGACGGAGUUGGGGCCAGGAACACAGGGCCACCCCUACAGGCUGCUCACUGCAGCCCGGGGCUGUCACGUUCCAGCCGCCUGACUCAGGCCGCGCGGGGCGGAGAGCCGAGAGGCGGCGCCCACCUCGGCCUGGAGGCGGCACCAGGAAGCGCCCGCCCCGCCCGGAGCCGCCAUGUAACCGGCGCCGCCCGGAGCCCGAGUCGCGCGGGCCCAGCGACCCGCCCGCCAUGGGGGACGAGGACGAGGACGAGGGCUGUGCGGUGGAGCUGCGGAUCACAGAAGCCAAUCUGACCGGGCAUGAGGAGAAGGUGAGCGUGGAGAACUUCGAGCUGCUCAAGGUGCUGGGCACGGGAGCCUACGGGAAGGUGUUCCUGGUGCGGAAGGCGGGCGGGCAUGACGCGGGGAAGCUGUACGCCAUGAAGGUGCUGCGCAAGGCGGCGCUGGUGCAGCGCGCCAAGACGCAGGAGCACACGCGCACGGAGCGUUCGGUGCUGGAGCUGGUCCGCCAGGCACCCUUCCUGGUCACGCUGCACUACGCCUUCCAGACUGACGCCAAGCUGCACCUCAUCCUGGACUACGUGAGCGGCGGGGAGAUGUUCACCCACCUCUACCAGCGCCAGCACUUCAAGGAGGCUGAGGUGCGCGUGUAUGGGGGCGAGAUCGUGCUGGCCCUGGAACACUUGCACAAGCUGGGCAUCAUCUACCGGGACCUGAAGCUGGAGAAUGUGCUGCUGGACUCCGAGGGCCACAUCGUCCUCACGGACUUUGGACUGAGCAAGGAGUUCUUGACAGAGGAGAAAGAACGGACCUUCUCCUUCUGUGGCACUAUCGAAUACAUGGCCCCUGAAAUCAUCCGCAGCAAGUCGGGGCAUGGCAAGGCCGUGGACUGGUGGAGCCUGGGCAUCCUGCUCUUCGAGCUGCUGACGGGGGCCUCGCCCUUCACCCUGGAGGGCGAAAGGAACACUCAGGCUGAGGUGUCCCGACGGAUCCUGAAGUGCUCCCCUCCCUUCCCCCCUCGGAUUGGGCCUGUGGCACAGGACCUGCUGCAGCGGCUGCUUUGCAAGGACCCCAAGAAGCGGCUGGGCGCGGGUCCCCAGGGAGCACAGGAAGUUAAGAACCACCCCUUCUUCCAGGGCCUGGAUUGGGCUGCUCUGGCCACCAGGAAGAUUCCGGCGCCAUUCCGGCCCCAGAUCCGCUCCGAGCUGGAUGUGGGCAACUUUGCAGAGGAAUUCACCCGGCUGGAGCCUGUGUACUCGCCCUCUGGCAGCCCCCCACCUGGGGACCCUCGCAUCUUCCAGGGAUACUCCUUCAUAGCGCCGUCCAUCCUGUUUGACCACAACAAUGCCGUGAUGACCGAUGUGCUGGAAGCUCCUGGCGCUGGAGACCGGCCAGGCCGGGCAGCUGUAGCCAGGAGCGCCAUGAUGCAGGACUCGCCCUUCUUCCAGCAGUACGAGCUGGACCUGCGGGAGCCUGCGCUGGGCCAGGGCAGCUUCUCCGUGUGUCGCCGCUGCCGCCAGCGCCAGAGCGGCCAGGAGUUCGCGGUCAAGAUCCUUAGCCGAAGGCUGGAGGCAAACACGCAGCGCGAAGUGACCGCCCUGCGGCUGUGCCAGUCGCACCCCAAUGUGGUGAAGCUGCACGAGGUGCAUCAGGACCAGCUGCACACGUACCUGGUCCUGGAGCUGCUGCGGGGCGGGGAACUGCUGGAGCACAUCCGUAAGAAGCGGCACUUCAGCGAGUCGGAGGCAAGCCAGAUCCUGCGUAGCCUCGUGUCGGCCGUGAGCUUCAUGCACGAGGAGGCGGGCGUGGUGCACCGUGACCUCAAGCCCGAGAACAUCCUGUAUGCCAACGAGACGCUGGAGGCCCCGGUGAAGAUCAUCGAUUUCGGCUUCGCACGGCUGCGGCCACAGAGCCCCGCGGGGCCCAUGCAAACGCCUUGCUUCACGCUGCAGUAUGCGGCCCCCGAGCUGCUGGCCCAGCAGGGCUACGAUGAGUCCUGCGACCUCUGGAGCCUCGGUGUAAUUCUGUAUAUGAUGCUGUCGGGGCAGGUCCCCUUCCAGGGGGCCUCCGGCCAGGGCGGGCAGAGCCAGGCCGCCGAGAUCAUGUGCAAGAUCCGCGAGGGCCGCUUCUCCCUGGACGGGGAGGCCUGGCAGGGCGUGUCCGAGGAAGCCAAGGAGCUGGUCCGAGGGCUCCUGACCGUGGACCCAGCCAAGCGGCUGAAGCUCGAGGGGCUGCGGGCCAGCUCGUGGCUGCAGGAUGGUAGCGCGCGCUCCUCGCCCCCACUGCGGACGCCGGACGUGCUGGAGUCCUCUGGGCCGGCUGUGCGCUCGGGACUUAACGCCACCUUCAUGGCAUUCAACCGCGGCAAGCGCGAGGGCUUCUUUCUGAAGAGUGUGGAGAACGCGCCCCUGGCCAAGCGGCGCAAGCAGAAGCUGCGGAGCGCAGCCGCCACCCACCGCGGCUCCCCUGCGCCCGCUGCCCCGGGACGGGUCCCCGCCGCCAAGGGGCCGUCCCGCCGCGCCAACGGCCCCCUGCCCCCUUCCUAGUCCUCACCACUGUGACCGCCUUCCCCCAUAGGGACUGUGACCUGGGAGCCUGACUCACUGCCCCCAGAUCUAGGCCAGAGGCUCCGCCCUGACCCCCAAGGGUUGCCCUUCUCUCCCUUCUCCCCUUACUCCCAGACAGAGCAGAAGUAUUUUUAUAAGCAGAGAAUUUUUUAUGUCUUACCUGGUAGAUAGAGAUGCAGGGAGGGAGGGGUCCUGACGGGGAGUAGGGCGUGGGGAGCCAUCUCCCAAGACCCUGCUUCAUCUGGGUCUGCCCGUGGGGGGUGCUGCUUCAGCAGGGAAGGGUGCCUCCCCCAUUUCUAAGCACUGAGCUGCCACAGGGAGAAGCUGGGACCCCUCUCCUGAGACCCUGCUCCUGGGGGGCUCCCCUCAAGCUGUCACUUUAUGGGCUGUCUGUGCAAUUCUGUCCACCAAAGACCUGUGUUGGGGGGUUGAGGGAGAGGCCCUGGGGCACCCCCUGAAGCAUUUCUGCUUCACUUCAGGUCACCUGCUUCUCCCCUAAAAGGGGGGCCCCCAUCUCACCCGCCCCUCCCCUUUGGUACAGCUGCCCCUGGCUGGGGGGUGGGGCCGUGGGGGUCUGAGCUGGGCAUUCAUGGGCACUGCCUCAGCCCAUCCAGGCUGUGCCUUUGACUUUGAAAUAAAAGUCCACCCAGUGCUGUGCUGCGUCUGUGUGUGUGUGUACCUGCGUGAGUAUGUUUGGAGCCUCAGAGGGAAGGGACAGGGCA